CUCUGACUGUGCUUCUCGCUCUUCCGAUCAGUGACCAGGGCCAUUGCGUUCCCGAUGUACUCAUUCUGGCUUACUCCCCCAUGGGUGCAGCUGAGUACGGCAAUCAUGGCCCUGAUAUACCGCAAGUCCCUGGCCCUCUCCAGCGAGUCCCGUGCUGCACACUUCCUAGAUGGCGAACACUACCCACUGCAAAUCGCUGCUAUCAUCUACAUGCUCCACCAUACAAUAGGCUGGACUAGCGUGUUUGUGAAUCUGCGCUUCACAGGGGGUCUGCUGGCCGAGCGGGAUCACCGAAUGCAUGCCGCGAUCAAGCUGUACGGCUGGGAGCGUGCGUUCUUGGACAAAAUCGAGACUAUUCGCAACACCAAAGAACUGGCUGCACUUCGCCGCCUGGGUAUAUGGAAGACACUGACCAUGCUUGUCACAACAUUUGCUGUUCACGGCCCAUUGACAUCGCAGUUGAUGUUUGUUUCGAUUGCUCUCUUUGAUAUGCUGCAGGUUCCUGUCUCGGAGGGUCCAAACACAGUUACCGUACUUAUGAUGGUACGCACCUGCUAUCAUCGCUUGACUGCUUUUAUUAUGAUUCAGAGGAUCAGGUAUGAUCGGUAUGCGGAAACCGCCUCGCCAGACGAUUGGCGCUCUAGUGAAUGCAACAUCCUCGAGGAUAUCAGCAUUCAGUGCCGUCGCGAAGAGCUUGUCGCUGUUAUCGGCAAAGUUGGGUCGGGGAAAUCGUCAGUCAUUUCGGCAUUGUUGGGCGAUAUGGUGACCGUACACGGAUCGGUUGCUCUUGUACCUCAGCAACCGUGGAUCCUCAAUGCUACGCUCAGAGAAAACAUCCUGUUUGGCCACAGGUUUGAGCAGGGGUUCUAUGACAAGGUCAUCGAUGCAUGCGCGCUUCGCGCUGACCUCGAGAUGCUUGCUGGCGGAGAUAUGACCGAGAUUGGCGAGAAGGGUAUCAAUCUGUCGGGCGGCCAGAAGGCCCGUGGUCACAUCUUCAACCACGUUCUAGGCCCCAAUGGUCUGCUGAAAACUCGCGCUCGCAUCCUCGUCACCAACGCCCUUCAGUACUUGGGUGCUGCGAGCCAGAUCACGAUGUUGCACGAUGGUAAAGUGGUCGAACAGGGGUCAUUUGCCCAGCUUGUGGGAUCGAAGGGCGAGGUGUUUGAUUUCAUUCAUGUGUACAUGCCAGACACCGGCAUGGUACCCCCGCCUGAAGCGUCAGACACCGAUGAGAGUAACACCACUACCCCAACUGCCUCGGAGAUUUCACUAGUGUCUGCCAGACAAAAGCCUGUCUAUCGAAGCAGCUUGGGUCGCGCCAGCAUCGAUAAUAUUCCGGUCGAUGUGGCAACAGCACAUACCAUCAUUCGAGACGAGCAAAAGCGGGUUGGAUUAGUUGGGCUCGAGCCAUACAUGCACUACAUCCGUGCUUGCGGUAUCAGGAACAUUUCCAUGCUAGGCUGUGCAUCUAUUGCUGCCAUGUGCCUCUCUGUCGGCAGCAGUAUGUGGCUCGCGCACUGGGCUACUCUAAAUGACGGUGAUACAGAUGACUCUACACGCCAGCCGCUCUAUUACUUGUCUGUCUACAGUGCUCUGGGAGUGGUUCAGGUUCUGUCGAUGAUUGCAGUUUCAGCGGCGGUGUGGCUCCUAUGUGCUGUCAACGGAUCCAAAAAUACGCAUUCACAGCUGCUUCAAUGCAUGCUACGUGUACCGACAUCGUUCUUUGACUCAACACCCCUUGGCCGAAUCCUGGGUCUGUUCAGCAGUGACCAGGCACAGAUCGACGAGAAUCUCCCAAUGUUCCUUGAGAUGUGGGUGAUGGCCAUGCUCCGUAUUGCGAUUGCCAUGGCUCUCAUUGUUGUGGCCAUGCCGCUUUCAUUUGUAUUCAUAGCCCCCAUCGCAUACGUGUUCAUUGGCGUCCAGCGGAGGUUUAUGGCCACUAGCCGUGAAAUUCGUCGGCUUGUCAACACAGGCAGGAAUUCAGUGAUAACCUGUACGGAGGAGGCUGUGCAUGGUGCGAUGUCUAUCAGGGCAUACGGGCGCAACGCAGAAUUCGAGAAGGGAUGUGCAGCGCGCAAUGAGACACUUAUGAUGACCUGGUGGACACACCUGUGCACGACCCGCUGGCUGGCAUGUCGCCUGGACCUGAUUGCGGCCACAAUUGUCCUACUUACCAACAUGUCGCUCAUUGCUGCUCUCUACUUUGUCGGAUCGCUGACCAACGGAUAUGCGGGCCUGGCACUGACCAAUGCAAUUGCAAUUCUGGGUGUCCUUAACACUAGCGUGCGGUCGUUCGGAUUUGUGGAGCUUGCGAUGAUCUCUGUCGAGAGAGUCAAAGACUACUCGCGCUUGGAGAGCGAGGCACCAGAGGUCAUUGAAGAUUGCCGUCCGUCAGAGUCUUGGCCGGAGGCUGGUACCGUUGAAUUCCGCAACUACUCGACGCGCUACCGUGAGGGUCUGGAUCUGGUGCUCAAGGAUCUGUCGUUCCGCGUCAUGCCUAACCAGAAGGUCGGUAUCGUUGGACGCACUGGCGCUGGCAAGUCGUCGCUGACGCUGGCGCUGUUCCGUAUCAUCGAAGCAUCGUCUGGCCAGAUUUUAUUAGACGGCCAUGACAUCUCCAAGUACGGCCUCUUUGAUGUUCGCAGUCGCCUCUCGAUCAUCCCCCAAGACCCGGUGCUGUUUGCUGGCACGAUCCGUGAGAAUCUGGAUCCGUUCAGCAAAUACUCGGACGAGGAGAUCUGGUGUUCACUGGACAACGCGCAUCUGGGUGACCUUAUUCGCUCCAAGGACGAGCGUCUAGAGUUCAUUGUGACGCAGAACGGCGAGAACUUCAGCGUUGGCCAGCGCCAGCUGAUCUGCCUAGCCCGUGCCCUGCUCAAACGCGCCAAGAUCCUUGUUCUCGAUGAAGCGACCGCCGCUAUCGACAAUACCACUGAUGCAGUUAUACAGAAAACGAUUCGCGAAGAAUUCGCUAACUGCACGGUCUUGACCAUUGCCCAUCGCCUCAAUACUGUUCUUGACAGCGACAUGAUCCUAGUCAUCGACGGAGGAAGGAACCUGCUCAGGAACGAGGACGGCUUGUUCGCCAAGCUCGCAGAAGAAGCAAAUCUCGCUGAGGAUGAAUAGCAGCGUGCGAUGAAAUUUACUUGUAUUUGAGAUUUGGAUAUUAAAGAGGCACUAUAUGCUUUUAC